ACAGUUCGUUAUGCAGGAAUCUGCAAUACCUCAAUCGAUCGGUCGAAUAGCAGUGUCAUUCCGGCCCGCUAGAUUGGCAGCAUCGCAUUCGUAGAUCGUAUUUGUGGAAGCCAUUAUUCCGAGUAUUUUCCUGGGAUCAAAGAGGACCUGAGUCAGUCACCAUGCCUGCCGCAAUUAGAGCCGAAGAGAUUAAGACCGCUCCGUUCGACCCUCGUUUUCCUAACACAAACCAGACCCGCUACUGUUACCAGAGCUACGUCGACUAUUAUCGCUGCCAGAAGGUCAGGGGUGAAAACUACAAGCCAUGUGAAUACUUCAGCAAGGUCUUCCACUCUGUCUGCCCCAACGCUUGGAUUGAAAAGUGGGAUGGCCAGAGGGAGGAAGGUACAUUCCCCGGCAAUAUUUAAACUGCUGUGCUCUAGUUAUUCAUAGUUUAAAUGUAGUAACAUCCAUUUUUUUUUUAAACUUCAGCAUUAAAUAUAUCAAUGUAUAUAAGUUAUGUUAUAAAUAAAUUAACUAUGUGCUA